AUGAUUCUUCACCCGGUCUCUGAGUGACGUCAUAACAACGCGACGCCAUCCCCUGACGCACGUUCGGAUGGCGUUUAGCGUGGCGUUUGAUUGAGCUCAGACAGAUCAGAACGCAAGCAAAAGAUGGCAGGCAAUCAGGAAAUGUCUCUUCUGGAGAAGAAGGUGGCAGAGCAGAUCGAGUACUAUUUUGGUGACCACAAUCUCCCUCGAGACAAGUUUCUGAAGGAGCAGCUGCAGUUAGAUGAUGGCUGGGUCACUCUGGAGACAAUGCUGAAAUGUAACAGAAAGUCAUCAUUUCAUAAAAUGCAUUUUGAAGAUAUAAAGUUAAAGGGGUCAUAUGAUGCGAGACUCAAACACAAAUCCGUCUACAUGAAAGGUUUUCCUCUUGAAACCACGCUGGAUGAAAUUAAAGAGUGGUUUGCAGAUAAAGGCACAGUUGAGAACAUCUACUUGAGGAAAGGAGCCCAGAAGACUUUCAAAGGAUCGAUCUUUGCGGUUUUAGAGUCUGAAGAAGCCGCCAAGGCUUUAGUGGCGCGCACUGAUGUCAAAGAGUACAAAGGGAAAGAGAUGAUCGUCAUGAUGAAAGAUGACUAUUUUUCUAAAAAGGUGGCCGAGAGGAAGCAGAAUCGCGUGGAAGCAAAAGCUAAAGCAAAAAGUGAAAAGGAGGACAAGCAGAAGCAAGCUGAAGAUGAAGAGCUGGGCACCAUCCUGUUCCACUCAAACGCCCAGGAGGCCCUGCAGAAGGUCCGAGAGGCUAAAGGAGAAGAAGAUCCUAAGGUUAAAGAGCAGGUUGUUCAGUGGGAGGCACUUGAGGGAGACGUAGAAAUGGAGACUCUGAAGAAAAUCAUGGAGGAUCAGCAGGAGUCCAUGAACAAACGUAAAGGAGGCAGAGGAGGUCACAGGGGUCGUGGAAGAGGCAGGGGAGGACGCAGAGACCGAGGAGGAAGAGAACAGACCCAGUUCAAGGGAAAGAAGACCAAGUUUGAUAGCGAUGAAGAGGGAGAUGAAGAACAAGCCAGUCCAAAGAAGAGACCUCUGGAGUCUAACGGUCAAGAUAAUGAAGAGCCGGCUUCCAAACAAGCAAAAAGCGAGAACGGUUCUUAAGGGCAAAGAACUGUGGCCUUUUUUUUUUUUUUUGUAACCUGGAAAAUGCAUUCUCAGACUACUUGUGUCAAAAGAUGCACAAAAGCUUUAUGCCACACUUUUUCCCUGAACUCACCAUGAAAAAGGCACUUUUUCUUUUUUUCUUUGAACAAACAUACUACGUGCCUGGAUGUUGUUUAUUUAUUUGCCAUACACACACUUAUGAUUGCUGGUAUGAUUUAAGAUCUCAUCUGCAGCUCUAUAAAUGUGUCAUUUCAAAAAUCUAUUCAGCUUAAGCAGUUAGCUGGAAGCGCUUCUAUAAGUGUUGACAUCUUUAAUUGCAUAUUUUCAUUCCUUGAGCGCUGACAGUCUGCAGAAUCUACACCGAUUGUGUUUUGAGCGUAAUCAAAGAGUUGAUUAUCGGUUCUGACAGCAUUUGUUAAACGCAGUACUGUAUUAUCAUAGAACUGUUUGAGGCCUAUAAGUGAACUUAUUAAGGUUUUGAAAAUGUCCGAAUUUUUAGUAAUAAGCAUUGGUCAAUAUUGUUGUUUUUUUCCAUUAACGAAAACCUGUUUUCCACCUGCUAGAUUAUUCCAUUGCUUUUGUCACUUGCACAAACGUAACCUAAGACAAUAAGUGUGUGUUAUUCUUGUUUCUUUUUAUACGUUGCUGUAAAGUUGCUUUAAGUGGUUACAGAGGCAUGUCGAUCUGGAGAGUUUUCAUUAGGAGGAAUUAGAUUUGACUGAACUUUUUUUUUUUUUUUUUAUCAUAUUUUCUUUAUCACAGCAACGGAAACAUGUCUCUUAAUCUAAAGUGCUGUUUUAGAUGCCAUGCUUCAUAUUUACCCAUUCAGGGCUUCAACAAGCACUCAUUAUUUUUUCCUUAUGUUUUUUUACUGUCUGUCAUCUGUUGAGAUGAAUAUUACACAAAUUUAGAAAUUCAAUAAAGAGUCUUGAAAAUCAGAAUAGUAAUUAUGUAUGUGGUGUUGUCAUUUUUGAUGCAGUAAUCAUGGUGCACCAAUUCAUUUGUGGCUCUUAAACUCUUGAGUAUUGGUGAAUGUUAUUUAUAUUUAAAUUAAUAUUCUUGCAGUUGAACAGGCCCCUAAUGCUUCUGUUGUUAAAAAAAGGCAAAAAUUAUAAUGACAGACACUAACUUUGUACUCAAUGCUUUUGACA